AUGUACGCCGUUGCCUCCUCCGCGAAAGUCGUCGCUCCGACGAUGCGAAUGCAAAAGUCGCAAACGAAAAGAGUCGUUGCAAAAGUACCGGUGAAAGCGUCGUCUUUCAACGUUGAAAAGACCGCCAUCGCUACCACCGCUCUCAUUGCUGCCACCGUCAUCUCCCCGGAAGCCUCGCACGCGGCGCAAAACGUCGUCGCGCAAGUCGCGGAGGGCGAACCGUUUUUGGUCGACGUCGCGUGGGGGGCUAUUUUGAGUUGCUUUUCCUUCUCGUUGGCGUUGGUCGUCUGGGGUCGAUCUGGCUUGUAA